GCGUUUAAUUCUUUACAGUUGCAAAGCGGAACGCGGCUCUUGAACGCAGCCCCGCACAAGGCGUAGCGCUCGAAAGGCAUUGUGGGAUCGGUUGCCGGCGAAAGCUUCUCGAAAGAACCGCAAAGAUGAUGCCCACACCGGUUAUCCUGCUGAAGGAGGGGACAGACACCUCCCAGGGCAUCCCCCAGCUCAUCAGCAACAUCAAUGCCUGCCAGGUGAUCUCUGAGGCGGUCAGGACCACCCUCGGGCCCAGAGGGAUGGACAAGCUGAUGGUGGACGGCAGAGGUAAGGCCACCAUCUCCAACGACGGAGCCACCAUCCUGAAGCUUCUGGACGUGGUUCAUCCCGCCGCCAAGACGCUGGUGGACAUCGCCCGCUCCCAGGAUGCCGAGGUUGGAGACGGCACCACGUCCGUCACCCUCCUAGCCGCCGAGUUCCUGAAGCAGCUGAAGCCGUACGUGGAGGAGGGCCUCCACCCUCAGACCAUCAUCAGAGCGUUCCGCACCGCCACCAACCUCGCCGUCGCCAAGCUCAAGGAGAUCGCCGUCCCCGUGAAGAAAGACGACAAACAGGAGCAGAGGCAGCUGCUGGAGAAAUGCGCCGCCACGGCCCUCAACUCCAAGCUGAUCGCCGGCGAGAAGGGCUUCUUCUCCAAGAUGGUGGUGGACGCCGUCAUGUCUCUGGACGAGCUGCUGUCCCUCAAGAUGAUCGGCAUCAAGAAGGUGCAGGGAGGAGCCCUGGAGGAAUCCCAGUUGGUCACCGGAGUUGCGUUCAAGAAGACGUUCUCUUACGCCGGCUUCGAGAUGCAGCCUAAGCGCUACGAGAACCCACGGAUCGCCCUGCUCAACGUGGAGCUGGAGCUGAAGGCCGAGAAGGACAACGCCGAAGUCCGCGUGAAAUCGGUGGAGGACUACCAGGCCAUCGUGGACGCAGAGUGGAACAUCCUGUACGACAAACUGGAGAAGAUCUACAAAUCAGGAGCCAAGGUGGUCCUGUCCAAGCUGCCCAUCGGGGACGUGGCCACCCAGUACUUCGCCGACAGAGACCUGUUCUGCGCCGGCAGGGUGCAGGAGGAGGACCUGAAGAGGACCAUGAUGGCCUGCGGAGGAUCCAUCCAGACGUCGGUGGGAGCUUUGACGGACGACGUCCUGGGACAGUGUGAGCUGUUUGAGGAGGUUCAGGUGGGAGGAGAGAGGUACAACAUCUUUAAGGGCUGCCCGAAGACGAAGACGUGCACCAUCAUCCUGAGAGGCGGGGCGGAGCAGUUCACGGAGGAGACGGAGCGCUCGCUGCACGACGCCAUCAUGAUCGUCCGCAGAGCCAUCAAGAACGACUCUGUGGUGGCAGGCGGAGGCGCCAUAGAGAUGGAGCUGUCCAAGUACCUGCGGGAUUACUCCAGGACCAUCCCCGGGAAGCAGCAGCUGCUGAUCGGCGCGUACGCCAAGGCCCUGGAGAUCAUCCCCAGGCAGCUGUGCGACAACGCCGGCUUCGACGCCACCAACAUCCUCAACAAGCUGCGAGCGAAGCACGCGCAGGGCGGCAUCUGGUACGGCGUGGACAUCAACAGCGAGGACAUCGCCGACAACUUCGUGGCCUGCGUCUGGGAGCCGUCCGUCGUGAAGAUCAACGCGCUGACGGCGGCGUCGGAGGCGGCUUGCCUCAUCCUGUCCGUCGACGAGACCAUCAAGAACCCACGCAGCGGCGGAGACGGACCUCCGGGGGGCGCCGGGCGGGGCAGAGGCCGCGGCAGACCCCACGCCCACUAACAAAACCCCGUUUGAAUCUGGAAGCUGCUUUUUGUCAGAUAAAAUGUCAGGCCUGAAGAGGCGGAGACGUUUGUCCGCUUCAACCCGGAUUCUUUGGACUUUCUUCCUAUAAAAUCUUUCUUUGUUUUCCUCCUACAGUCGACUAAAACAUUUCAGUGGGUGUAAGUCUCCCUCCCUGUAGCCAGUCCAAGCAGAACGCCUUCAGGCCAGUCUUACCUCUGUGGCCUGACGGAGACAGGCUGUAAACCUUCAACUUUGUUUUGUUAAAAAGGAAAACUGUUGUUUGAUGUGUAGGGGGGUUGGUUUGGAUAAUAAAGCACUGAAAAGGAUGUUGAGCAGUUCUGAAACCAUCUAUGUGAAGCUAUUUAUUGGACCAUUGUUAUCAAUAAAUUCACAGCUGAAACCACA